GAUGGUGUGAAGGUCAAGAAGGAGAAACAUGCGGAGCAGGAAAUUGGUUUUAAAAGACAAGAUAAGGAGAAGAUGGAGCUGGAUGAUCUUUGGCUCAAGGUUCACAAGAAAGUCAAUGAGCAGUCAUUGAUGACAUUUCCAGCUGCAAACGCCGCCGCAGAAAAUGCUCUGAAACCACCGGAAAGCGAGUCAGGCAUUAACCAAGUGCAGACGUCUGCCCAGCAACAGCUGGAACCAAGUGCAUUUGGCAUGGAAGAUGCUUCAAGAUCAAAAGCAGACGAGGAUUCGGCCAAUCCCGAAGAGAGCUCCUUGGAUGCAUUCGCUUCACACGCAGCGACCUGGGCGAAGCAGUGCUUGGCUUUUCGGAGUUCCAAGACUUGGAGUCCCACCAGGCCUUGUUGCCCUGCGAAUUUCUUUUUGCGCUUGGCGAAUGAAACUCCAUCUCCUCCACCACCAGAUGCGCCAGCAUGCGUGCUGCGUCUCACUGGACAUGGCUUGCGGUGCUUGCAGCGCUUUCACGAAAAGCAGGGCUUGCACAGCAUGACCUUCCAGAGUCAGGCAGAGGCAUCUCAGACGCCCCGGGACAUGUCGCCACAAGAGCCCCCAAUAGAUAGCGACUUGAGCAUGCAGGACUACAAGGUCCGCGACCUGGAUUGCAUGAAGAUGUGGCCUUGGAUGAGGGAUCUGCCCACUUCUGUUUGGGCUGGUCAUGGUUGGGCUUUUGAUGAGAACGGGCUCCGACGGCUCUCAUCCUCAGGCGGCAGCCAUGCCAUGGAAGGCGUGGAAGUCUUCGAAUCUGUAGGUCUUGCAGCAGAGCAGGUGAAACCUUCAAAUGAAAAGAUUAGAGACACCCCAAUCGCAGUGGCUGCUGAGGAGCAUCCCCCGCCACUUGCCGAGGGGCAGAAGCCAAGUCGAUUCCAGAGAAUCAAUGUGGCGAAGCAAAGUGGUGUUCCCAAUGUCCAGUGGAAGAAUCACCUGCAGGCAUGGGAGGUCAACUUUCACAAAAUUGACUCACAGGGCAGGAUGAUUGGCAAAACGGGUCGAGUCUUUUCCGUGAAGAAGUUCAUGGGCCCAGGCAUCUCCGAGGCCCAGGCCGACGCACUAGCUCUCGAGGCCGCCAGGGCCUUCCGCGCAGAGCUGGUGGAGAAGGGCAUCCUCAGCGAGCCAAAGCCGUGGGACCCCAACUUCACCAGCGAAGUGCCGGGGGUGAAGUGGAGGAAGGGCAAGCAAAAGUGGCAUGUGGAGAUCACCCCGAAGAGCGGCAAGAAGAGGAUCCACGGCGGCUACUUCACCGAGAAGGCGACGGCCGAGGCGAAGGCCUUGUUGCUCAUGGAGAAGACCGGCCUGCAGCGCCAGGUGAAGCCCGUGGCCACGCUGUCGGAGCUGCCGGUGUUCCAGCUGAAGGUGCCCUACCCAGGGGUGAUUUGGAGCCAGGCAGAGCAGCAGUGGCGUGCAAGAUGCAGCCUUGGUGGUGUGGAGCGAAAUUUCAGGGUGAGGCCCAAGGACCACUCGGAGGCGGAGCUGGAGCGCUCCUUCCAAGUGGCAGUGGCAUGGAAGAAGAAGCAGAAGAAGGAGAAUCAGAAGGAGAAGGAGAAAGAAAGCAAGGCUGUGAAGUCCAAGGCGAAGCCUGGGAAGAAGCAGCGAAAGUGA